UCUCUCUCUCUUCUGUGUGUUCGCCGAGACUGGCCGGUAGGAUUAGGAAACGAUCAUUUUCAAUCGAGACGAGAGAGAAUCCGUAAUCCGUAAUCCGUAAUCCAUACAACAGAUUACAUUAACAUGGUGGCCGAUCAGCGAAUCAUAUUGGAAGGAGGAAAGUUAAUCUUCACAUACGGAACCCUAAAACAAGGGUUUUCAAAUCACGGACUUCUCCAAGACAUGAUCGACACCGGCGACGCUUCAUUUCUCGGUGUCUAUCGUACGAUUGACAAAUUACCUCUAGUUUGCGGUCCAUACAAGGUUCCUUUCCUACUCAACAUGCCUGGAUCUGGCGAUCGUGUAUACGGCGAACUAUACGCUGUUUCUCAAUCAGCGAUUCCACGAAUGGACGAACUUGAAGGCACUAAUCGCGGUCACUAUGAAAGAUUACCUAUCAAAGUGAUUGCGGAAGGAGGAUGUGGUGGUAUGAGUGCGGAAGCGUAUUAUGCGCAUCGGAGUUAUGCGGCGGCGAUGUGGAAAAGGAAUGGGGAGAAAGGAUUGAGUGUUUAUUCGAAGAAGGAAACGAAGGGGUAUGUGAGAAGAAAAGAUAGGCCAGCGAAUUUAACCUUUUUGGAUCAUAUUAAUCUGUUUAUUUCUUCUUCUUCUACUUCUACACCUAUUUCAUCUGCUUGAUUCUUCUAUGAUGAUGAUGAUGAUCAUCAUUAUAAUAAUAAUAAUAAUAAUGUUCCUGUUUUGAUUAGAUCUGAAUUGUUGGGAUUGAUUCUUCUGUGAUUUCUUGCUUGAUUGAUUUCUGUUUAUCCUGCAAUGGAAAUAAUACUAGUGAUUGGUUUUGUUGUGA